AUGGCACUUUCAAACAACAGCAACUGUAAUUCUUCUAUCAUUGAGCUUCUUCCUUCGACUGUGCUUGAUUUGAUCUUUGGCUCUUCUCUUCUUGACCAGCAGGACCUAAUCAACUUGUCCUCCACCUGCAAAUCCUUCAGCUAUCUUGCCCAAAAACACUUGUACAGGAACCUAUUCAUCAAUGACUACUCUAUAGAUGUCUCCCAUCUUGACAGCUUUCACCAUUGCUGGUCUUUUAUCAAAAACUCCAAUGCUGAAUCCUGUGGUUUCUUCACAAACCUAAUCAACAUAUCCUCAACUCUAUCUCGAAACCCUUAUCUUUAUGUCUUCAUUGAAAAUAUCUUUGUUGAUGUGCAAAGUGUCCAGUCACUAAACAACCCUUUGUUUGAGGCUCUACUCAGCAAUAUUAUUUCCAAUUGCACAAAUCCCAACUUCAAAAUCCACCAUAAUAAUCCUCAUCAAUUUCAAUCAUUAAAGUCUUUGAGGUCUUUAGAAAAUUUCUUGGUUUUGCUUCCUCAAUCAAGUUUCAAUCUCAAUUUCAAUUCAAAUACUUCUUUUGUCACAAUUGAUCUGUCAUCUUAUUAUAACCAGAAAACAACUUUGCUAAGUAAUUUCAAUGCUGUUUCAAAUUUCGAUGAUGAUCUCAAAAAUUUAUACAGGGAAAUAUCAAUCAAGUCUAAUAGAAACCAAUUGUUAUCUCUAACAUUAAAUUAUCACCAAUUGGAUCACAAUAUUUUUAGCUUCAAUGAUUUAAUAUUCCAAAAUUUGAUCCAACUACCAUCCAUAAAAAAGUUAAACUUAAAUUUAAACUCUCUAAGUGAUUUAACAAUUUUUGAUAAUUUCAAUUUAAUCAAUUUCCCCAAUUUAACAGAAAUCAAAUUUUCAAACAUCUCUUGCACCAAUAAGUCUCUUAUCGAUAAGAUCUUCCAAAUCUUAUUUAUCGAUAAUAACUCAUCCAAUUUAAAAUAUGUUUUCCUAAAAUUUAAUGGUCUAUCUCCAUAUUAUUUUUUCAAAAACUUUGAAGAUAUUAAUUUAUUUCUAAACGAUCUUCAAGACUCAAAUUCGUAUUAUGGUGAACUAUUAAACUCAUUUAAUGAUUUACUUAUCAAUAAUAAAAUUAAAAACAAUUCGAAUAUAAAAUAUUUGAAUCUCAUGUUUGAUCAAACUAGACAAAAUUUAUUAAUGGUUCUUUUUUAUCAGUUUCUUUCUUUCAAAUAUUUAAAUCUAAAUGACAAUAAAACUCAAUUUUUUCGAUCCAAAGAUAUUGAAAUUUGCAAUUGUUCUAUUUGUUCAAAUUUUAUUGACAAUAUUGAAAGAAAGCUUCAAUCGUUAAAUAAUGAAUAUUGCUUUUCAAAUUAUAUUAAAAUUCAAAACAACUUAAAAUUCUUAAAUGAAAAACAAGAAAUUUUAGAGAAAUCUGUCAAGAGAAACAAGUAUUAUAGCGAUGGGAUAAUAUCAAGCAAUUAUUACAAUGAAUUGCUACUUAACGAAAUCGGUGAUGAUAAUGGUAAUAAUAAUAAUAAUGAUUACAUCGUAUUGUUAAACCAUUUUUACAAACCGUUAUAUGAAAAAAUCAGGGGAUGUACUUCAUUAUCUAAUUUAGAAAAAUUAAUUAUUGGAGAUUGUUCAUUGUAUUGA